UUUUCCUAUAUAUAUAAAUAUUUUCUCUCACUAGCCGAAACUUUUUAUCUAAAAACCCUAAUCUCCAUUCGAAUUUCUUCUUUCCUUUUUGCUUCAAACCACCUGCAUUUGCUUUUCAUUCGACGCCAAAAUGACAAUGAUGAGCAAUGAAGAAGAGAAAAGGUGUCCUCUUUGUGCCGAAGAAAUGGACUGGACCGAUCAGCAAUUUAAGCCUUGCAAAUGUGGUUAUCAGGUGUGUGUUUGGUGUUGGCAUCACAUAAUGGACAUAGCAGAGAAAGAGGCAUCCGAGGGACGAUGUCCUGCAUGUCGAACUAAAUAUGAAAAGGAUAAAGUUGUGGCAAUGCAAGCAAAUUUUGAAAGGGCAGAGAACAACAAUUCAAAUCGGAAAAGUAAACCACCAAAGGCAAAGCCAAAAGCUAACGAAGUCAGGAAGGAUCUUACAAAUGUUCGGGUCAUUCAGCGUAAAAUGGCAUAUGUGACUGGGCUGCCUCUUAGUCUUGCAGAUGAAGAUCUCUUACAGCGGAAGGAAUAUUUUGGGCAAUAUGGGAAAAUUUCUAAAAUUUCUCUAUCUCGGACGGCCGGUGGUUCAAUCCAGCUAUUAACCAAUGAUACCUGUAGUGUAUAUAUUACGUACUCUAAAGAGGAAGAGGCCAUACAGUGUAUUCAAUUUGUACACGGUUUUGUCCUGGAAGGAAGGUAUUUGAGAGCAUCGUUUGGGACUGCAAAAUAUUGUCAUGCUUGGUUGAGAAACACGCCUUGCAGUAAUCCUUCUUGUCUAUAUUUGCAUAGCCUUGGCGCUGAUGAAGAUAGUUUUGGUAAAGAUGAGGUAGCUGCAAUUCAUACAAGAAGUAGGGUUCAACAAAUUGUUGGUGCCACUAGUAGUGCAAUGAAACGCUCAGGAAAUGUCUUGCCACCUCCAAUUGAUGAAUUGUCCAAUACUAGCUUUACUUCUACAGAGAAUUCUACCAUUCGAAGUGCAGGUGCAACUAAUGAUACAGUGGAUCACCGUAGCUAUAUGGCUCGUGUAGUCCCUUCUAGUGAUAAGGAUGGAGGUGCUGGUGAACCAAACGGAAGGACAACUUUCGUAGAUGUUGGAUUGUCUAAUAGUUCUCGUUCAGAGAAAGAUGGAAAUAGUAGUGAGGAUAGUAGAAUUUUGGAUUUGUGUUCCAAUCUAUCUUCCAUACCAAUUAACAAAGAUAAUCAUGCUCAAGAAACAUAUUCUGAUAGAGUGUUAUUUGAAGUUCCGUCUCCUAACCAGCCUGUCAAUCAUCUGCGAAGGGAUCAAAACUCUACAGAAAUUUCAGAUGAACCAUUCAGGGAAGACUCCACAUCUUUUGAUGGUCAACGAUCGAAGGAUUUGAAUAGUAUUUGUCAAGAGCCAUUUCUUAUGUCAUCCCGCACUGCUAAAUGUACAGAGGAUUAUGGUGGCAAUUCGCUCUUGCAUAGGGCAUGUAGUCCGAGUAUCAAUGGCAUGGAGCAUCGAUCAUUACAUAAACAAGCAGAAGAAGCUUUGCUGCCACUUUCAUGUGUAAAUUCCACACUAAAUGAUGGAUUACAUGACCUGAAAUUUCAAAGUUCCGUGAAGUCUGAUACAAUUUAUAGAGGUUCUAACUCAUUCUCCAAUGAAGAAAUAGUGGAGCACUUACGAAGGACUGAAAAUGGUAGCUUGAAUAAUUUUGAUGAAAGUUCUGCAUUCAAUCCCGUGAAGAACAGUAUAAUUUCAAACAUUUUAGCUAUCGACUUUGGUUCAUGUGAAAAUUCCCUGACCUCGCGUCACAGCUUAACUGGCCUGUGUAAUGAACCUAAUGGGCAGCGUGGUUCCUGGAGUUCUUUGCACAGCGGUCAAGGGUUCUCAUUUAUGAAGCAAGAUGGUUUUUCAAGUCAAAGGGCUGAUUUGGAUUCUUCUUCUAGUAAUAUCAGUCUGAUGUCAAAUCAGUCAUCCAUCCUUCAUGACUUCAGAGAAAGGAAAGAGCAGCAUAUGCAUGAGUCUCAGUAUCAGACAGUCUCAAGACGAAAAGGUCUGGCUCCACCCGGGUUCUCAAUACCCUCAAGGGACCUGCCUCCUGGUUUUCCGUUGUCUGAUGAAAUUGGAGGAUUCCCUCAUACUCUCUCUGGAAGUCAAUUAGUAAAUAGUUCAUCAAAUUUGAUUCACCCCCCAUCAACGAGAAGCACUAGAACUGUAGGUGAGGCUGAUUUUGUUGACCCUGCCAUAUUAAGUUGUGGUAAAGGCAAGCCAACAAAUGGUUUAAGUAUCUCAGGCCUGGAAGUUGGGUCUCAGAGGAGAGCUUUGGAAGAUGAGGCAAGGCUCUGGCUUCUGAUGCAACAAAAUUAUGCUGAUCAAGAAGGGAAAUUCUCACGUGUUCUUGCUUCACAAACUCCAUCUGCACAUCUGGAUCAGAGGUUUCACGGUGCAGAUGAGUAUGCUGGCCUAAAUGAUUUACGUGGCUUUUCAUCAAGGCUGGUGGAUCAACGGCAAAACGUUGAUCAAUCUCUGUACACACACUUUUCCCAGCAGAAGCUUGCGAAUGGCCACAGUUCUAAUGGCUACCAGCAUAAUGUUUUGGAUGAGUUCCAAUGUAGAAAUGAGGUUGGCAGGAUGGCGGAACUUCAGAGAAAUGACAGAUUAGGUCUCAACGGAUACUAUGCUGGGAAUGGAAAUCUAACAUUCCAGGGGUCCAGGUCCGGCGAUGUAUUUGCCAGGGUGUUUGGGAUGUAAACUGUCUGUCACUAUGCAAAACGAAACUGUCGUAAUUACGUUAUUGCUAUGUAGUGUGCGGAAAAGUAUAAAUAUGUUACUAAUUACUUACUACAUUUGAUCUUGGCUGUUUUGGGUUCUAAUCGGGUGGUAGGAUGUUGCAAAUCCUCUAGGUCAACGACUCCUUACUCCCGUUCUUCAAACUUAAUAUUUUUUAUAGAGAAAUUUCUGAUCAAGGAUA